CAGAUGUCGUCAGAGCGCAAUAUUUCAGAAUUGUUUCGUUAUGCGUUACCUUAAGAAUUUGGGAGGCGUCGUCAAAUGCAGAACUAUCCCGUUUUGUUGUGAAAACAAUGAACUUUUCACUGUUGUACCUAAAAAGAAAAACGUCCUGCCUUUAAAACCUAUUAUAAAGUCUCCGCAUAGUCUACUCCGAUCACUUCCGAGAUCUCCGUACACUUCAUGCACUUGCAGUUUAUCUGCUCCAAUGCAGAUCCGGUUUGUGCACACGGACGUUACAAGUGUUCCUGAUUUCACGAAAUACCGCCUAGAGUCCACUAAAGACCCUCAUUCACGGGCUGCUGACAGCGAAGUGCAUCGCAAGAUAUUCUCUUAUACGAUGAUGUUUGCGACUGCGAUGAUUGCCACUACAUCAGCCAAGUACACCGUUAGAAUGUUCAUUGAACCUCUGGGACCUUCCUCUAAAACUAUGGCGGAGGCCUCCACGGAAGUCAAUUUGGCUUCCAUCCCUGAAGGGAAAAAUAUUACAGUCAAAUGGCGAAACAAACCUCUUUUUAUUCGCCAUAGAUCAGCGGAAGAAAUUGCCCGCGAACGCGCUGUGCCUCUGGAAAACUUAAGAGAUCCUCAGCUCGAUCAAGAUCGUGUCAAAGUAGAUAAGUGGCUAAUUUGUUUGGGCGUAUGUACACAUUUAGGAUUCUUGUCAGAAACCAUAAAUAAGUCCUGUGCUUGAUUUAUCGAGCACUCAAACUGGAAUGUCGAGUUCACGGGCUAAUGUCUAAUUAUAAAAGAAUUUUCAGCCUGGUAACUGUCAGCCAGUACUUGUAUUUGAAUGGUAAGUAACGAAAAUUAUUUCUGUAAAACGGUCAACUGAGUUGGUGUUGGGAAAGGUGAAUCAAACGACGCAAGUAAGGGCACAAAGAUGUUGGAUAAGAAUUUAUUUGACUCCUUGAAAUAAUAUAUGAACACCCUGUAUUUUGUGUAAUUUGUGUACAGUCAGAUUUGUAUAAAGUGAAUUGAGUAAUUAACAUCAAUUAGUCAAUAACUCACUAUGUGAACGUGUUUCCAAUGUAAUGUUAUUAAUCAUCUUUAACCAACAGAUAUUUAUAUUUUAUUAUUUAUUUUAACACAUAUAUUGGUACAAGGAGGCACCAAA